GCCUUUGCAGCAUUAACUAGAAGUAAAAUUAAGUUUAUCUUGAAAUUAGCGGGAGACAAUACAUAGCUAAUUCAAAAAAAAAAUAAAUAAAAAUGAAGACAAUUUUACUUUUUGCUGGACUCAUCUGCGCUUUUUGUCUAUUCACGAGCAUCAGUGCCGAGCCCGCUGAGUCUGCGAAUGAUGGUAUUUUGGAUACGGAUGAAGUGAAUCCAUUAAGAGCACAAUUGGAAGUGAAUCGCCCGGAGCAUUUGAGUCGCCAAAGGCGUUUUACUUGCGACGUACUCCAAAGCAAAGAAGCCUGUAUUUUCCAUUGCCUUUUACUUGGAAGACGUAGUGGUUACUGUAGCCGAGGUGGGGUAUGCAUUUGUCGCCUCUAAAACUAUGCUGUUUACUAAAACCGGCGAUUAGCUUAAGUUAGUUUUAAUUUGAAAUAUUCGUAUAUAUGUACCAUUGUAAAAAAAUAAAUUGAAUUAACCGUAAAUCU